UUGGUGACUGGGUGUAGAAAGAGAGGAUUCUGAGAAACGCAAAUAAUCUGUCUAAAAACAAAGUGGCUGCUGAAAAGAGCAGAAAUAAGUAAUAAGUGUGCAAAAAUCGAUUCUCGCAAAAUCAAUAUAACAUAAACCCCAUAGCAACACACACUCUGAGAGGGAGUACAUCAAACCACACAGAGAAUAAAGUAACCGUCCGAUAAAUCCGAUACACCCCGCAUCAUCAGUUUUGCAUUGUAUCCCAAACAACAGAAAAGGAGCCCGACAAGCGACACGGAUUGAUCAUGGCCACAACACCACGCAGCGGCGGUGCCGGCUCUGGAACGGCACAGCGACCGAAUGGAACCUCUCAGAAUAAAAGUUGCCAAUUCAAGCUGGUGCUUCUGGGUGAAUCUGCUGUCGGCAAGUCGUCGCUUGUGCUGCGCUUUGUCAAGGGACAAUUCCAUGAAUAUCAGGAGAGCACGAUAGGUGCGGCCUUUUUAACACAAACCAUUUGCAUAGAGGAUACUGUGGUGAAGUUUGAAAUUUGGGAUACAGCCGGCCAGGAGCGAUACCACAGCUUAGCUCCCAUGUAUUAUAGAGGUGCGCAGGCCGCCAUUGUUGUCUAUGAUAUACAGAAUCAGGAUAGUUUUCAGCGUGCAAAGACCUGGGUCAAGGAACUGCAUAAACAAGCCUCACCAAACAUUGUCAUUGCGCUGGCCGGCAAUAAGGCGGAUCUGUCAAACAUUCGUGUCGUGGAGUUUGAUGAAGCGAAGCAAUAUGCCGAGGAGAAUGCCUUGCUGUUCAUGGAAACGUCUGCGAAGACGGGCAUGAAUGUCAACGAUAUCUUUUUGGCCAUUGCCAAGAAACUACCUAAGAACGAUGGCGCCAACAAUCAGGGAAGCAGCAUAAGGCCGAAUGGGAACGAAACAAAUCGACCGACAAACAACUGCUGCAAGUGAUGUCCCUUUGUAG